CUUAACAGGUCCAAUUCCAACGGCUAUUUGUCAUUUAACCCAACUAGAAAGCCUGAGCCUUCGUCAAAACCAAUUGAGUGGUUCCUUCCCUGUGGGGAUAGGGAAUUUGAAGAAUUUAACAUAUUUGGAUUUUAGUUUCAACAACCUCACGGGUCCAAUCGCGUUGUCUUCUGGUGGUUGUCUAGAAAGCAUGAAUUAUCUUGAUUUGUCACAUAACCAGUUAAAUGGAACCAUUCCAAACAAGAUAUGUACCCUCUCUUUCACCAUCUUGUACCUAGCCUACAACAAUCUCAGUGGAAGUAUUCCCUCUUCUCUUCGAUCUUGCUAUCUAAUUGACUUGUCUUACAAUCGUUUAAAAGGUCCAGUCCCAGAUGAGCUAGCCAAUCAUUUUUCGGUGGGUGCAUUUGUCGGCAUUCAAGAUUUAUGUAGUAGUGUCACCGGUAUUCGUCCUCGCUUACAAAAUAGCCAACCAACUAAUCAAGGUGUUGGAGCGGAAAACCACAAAAACAAAAAAUUCUCUUACAUAAUCAGAGCCAUUGUUCCCAUCUUGGUUUUCCUUGCCUUCUUAUCCGUAAUGCUUGGAGCUUUGUACUAUACCCGUCAAAUUAAAAACAAUAAAAAUCAACCAGUAUUUGAGACAAGAGUAAAGAAUGGAGAUAUCUUUUUCAUUUGGAAUUAUGAUGGAAAAAUUGCAUACCAUGGCAUCAUAGAAGCAACGGAGGACUUUGACAUUAGAUAUUGCAUUGGGACUGGUGGUUAUGGAAGUGUUCACAAAGCACAACUACCUGAUGGAAGAGUAGUUGCCUUGAAGAAGCUGCAUGGUUCAGAGGUUGAACAGCAGAAUUUGAGGAAGAGUUUCAUGAGUGAGGUCAAAACAUUGACAGAAGUACGCCACCGAAACAUUGUGAGACUCCAUGGUUUUUGUUUGCACAAAAGAUGCAUGUUUUUUAUUUAUGAAUACAUGGAAAGAGGAAGCUUGUUUUGUGUCCUGAACAACGAUGCAGAGGCUGUGGAAUUGGACUGGAGCAAAAGGGUGAAUAUUAUAAAAGGCAUAGUGCAUGCCUUGUGUUACAUAAGUUCCACUCUGUAA